GCCGCCGCGCCCCUCGACCGCGCGCUCCGGACUGGGACGCUCGCGACUCUCCCGUUGGACGUGAUCGCUGUCGUUGACGCGACACGCCACGCCGCACCAUGGAUCUGGACGACCUGCUGGACGUGCAGGACUUCGGCCUGGAGGCCAACGAGUCCUCGCUGUCGCAGUCGGACGUGCUGUUUCGGGACCACGACUACGUGCUCGUCGGCGGCCUGGGCGGCCUAGGCAUCGCCGCCAACGACUCCUCCUCGCUCGCCAACUUCGGCUACUCGCUGCUGGGCGGCGCGUCCGCGGGCGGCUCCUCGGCCUCCUACUCGUCGGGGCUCGGCUACCUGAGCACGGGCGCGUCCUACUCGGCCGCCAACUGGAGCCUGAACGGCACCGACGGCAACGUCACCGUCGAGUACCCGCUCUUCCCGUCCGGAUACUCGCUGCUCCACAUCGUUCUCGCCUCCUUCGUCGUCACGCUCCUCAUGAUCGUGGUCGUCGUCGGCAACAUGCUCGUCAUCAUCGCCAUCGCCACCGAGAAGGCGCUCAAGAACAUCCAGAACUGGUUCAUCGCGUCGCUCGCCGUCGCCGACUUCUUCCUGGGCCUCGUCAUCAUGCCCUUCUCGCUGGCCAACGAGCUCAUGGGGUACUGGGUGUUCGGGAACUGGUGGUGCGACAUCCACUCGGCCAUGGACGUGCUGCUGUGCACCGCCUCCAUCAUGAACCUGUGCCUCAUCUCGCUGGACCGCUACUGGAGCAUCACGCAGGCCGUGGACUACCUCAAGAAGCGCACGCCGGUCCGCGCCGCCAUCAUGAUCACGGCCGUCUGGAUAAUGUCGGGGCUCAUCUGCAUCCCGCCGCUGCUGGGCUGGAAGGUGGAGCGACCGCCGCAGAUGUUCCCCAAAUGCGAGCUGAGCGAGGACAUCGGCUACGUCAUGUACUCGGCGCUCGGCUCCUUCUUCAUCCCGUCGUGCAUCAUGGUGUUCGUGUACAUCCGGAUCUACUACGCGGCCAAGGCGCGGGCGCGGAGAGGCAUCCGGAAGACGCAGCAGAACCAGAAGAACAGCAGGCAGCAGGACCACCACCACUCGCCCCGGCAGGCCAACUCCGACAAGCAGGUGACCAGCUUCAGGUUCUUCUGUUGCAGCACGUCCCCGGCGAGGGCCGGGGGCCCUGGCGCUGGGUCCAACGGAGGCGGCCCGGGGGCGGGGGGCUCCGGGGGCGGCCCAGGGGGUGGUCCUGGCUGUAUUCAAACUUCGGUUACUGUGGAGACGCCCCCCGUGAUACCCAACAUCACCUGCGACUUCGCCAGCGACAUCAGUACUAGUGACAACGCCGAACAGUCCCAGGAUGCCUCCGGGCCGUACCUGGAGGCGCCCAAGGACACGCUCAAGGUGGUGGGCUCGGGGCCGCGGCCCACGCUGCUCACGCCCACCACGCCCGCCGCGCCGGCCGCCGGCAUGCAGCACCGGGGCUCCGUCAUGUCCGUGAACGGGGAGCUGGCGCAGCAGGCCGCGGCCAUGCAGCGCAUGCGCCAGCCCUCCGUGGGCAUCGACACGGACAUGGUGAGCGAGUUCGACCCGUCGUCGUCCGACUCGGGCGUGGUGAGCCGGUGCGCGGUGGUGAAGCCGCUCAAGCUGCGCCUGUGCCAGCCCAUCUUCGGGCGCCGCACCACGUCCAAGACCAAGAGGGAGAUCAUCGACAUGGGCCGGAUGCCGGGCGGCCAGCAGGCCGUCGUGGAGGUGGUGCAGUCGCCACGGCCGUCCAAGCGUGACCCGGAGCGGGAGAAGCGGCGGCUGGCGCGCAAGAAGGAGAAGCGAGCCACGCUCAUCCUGGGGCUCAUCAUGGGCUCCUUCAUCGCCUGCUGGCUCCCCUUCUUCACGCUCUACAUCCUCACGCCGCUCUGCUCCUUCUGCAACAUCCCGGACAAGGCGUUCGCCAUCGCCUUCUGGCUCGGCUACAUGAACUCGGUGCUCAACCCCGUCAUCUACACCGUCUUCAACAAGGACUUCCGGCGCGCCUUCCGCCGCAUCCUGUUCAAAUGAUGUUUGGAGCCGCUUUGCUGCUGCGGCGUGCUGCCCGCUCGCACCGACCACGACCGGUGAUAUCCGCAGUCCGGGCCCCGGGCCCACGCCAGGACGCACGCUAACGCCAGGGUCCGGCCAGCGCCCUCCACCGCCUUCUAGUCCUUCUAGGCCGCCAACCCCCGCACUGGCCCCGCCUCACGCCGCGCCGUGUUGUGCGUUUUUUUUUCGGUCCUUCUCUUCUUUUCUCGUUUUAUUUUUUGUAAAUUCACACACUGUAAGCGGCGGGGCGUGCGGCGGGUACACUGCGGCGGCACGGGAGGGACGGCGUGGCCCCGGUGCGGCCACCGAGUGCGACACAGUGCACCGGCCUGGCCAGCCUCUCGAGUGAUUGGACCUGGCAGAGUUGCCAAGCGGCGUGCAAGUGAACAGAAGGAAAGCGGCUUCCACUCUCUUCGACAUUCAACGCUUAGAAAAAAAUACUUCGGACCUCUACAACAAUUUUCAUAGCGUAGAAUUUAUCAGUCUAGAUAUAAGAAUUUUGUUAUUAACAAAUAAUACUGCCUGACUUCCCGUAAAUUCGUUGUUUUCUCUACUUUUCAUUGUGUUGGUCAUUCCAAGCGAGGACGGAGAAAUGAGUUUUUGUGUGACCAUACAGCGUGACUGAGGCUUUAAAUCAAAUCACAUCAUGUAGCUUUUUAAGGAUAAUGUUUUAUGGAGUGUUCGCCGUUCUGCAAAGAAGGCAGGCCUCUGAUAAAGUCAAUAAACGUGACAAAAACAGUGAUAAGAUUUUUUUAUAUUCGUUUAAAUUAUUCGUUUUGGUACAGUUUGACACGCACUCGGUCACACGUGUGCGCUGCCCGUAUGUGCCACAUCGUGUGGUUUUCGCUGAAUUCUAUCCGUGAAUGACUAACACCUAGAGCACCCGAUCUAAUUUUAACUAAUUAACAUGCCGUUUCCCUGUUUUAAGGAGGAACUAAUGUUUGCGUGUUUUCAGGCUAUCUUAUAAGCAAUAACUGUGAAACAACAUAUCUGAAAUGUGUUUUCACGCAAAGUAGUCGGCGCUUUUUGGAUUUGGAGAGCUGCAAUCGACUUCAAGGACCGCCGGGUAACAGUGCGGUGGUAUCUCCUCCGGCGGGACAUCUUGUCUUCUGCACAAAGCGAACUAUUUCUGCAAAUAACAUGUUUUCGAGCUGUUUAUACUCCCAUAGGCGUUACUAAAUUCAACAUCUGGGGCUUAGGACCACAGUUGUAAGCUACUUUUUGGUUAGGUGUAGAAGCGGAGACGAAUGCUGCUGUAUGCGCUCUAGCCGGCGGUCCUUUUCUGACCAUCCGAGUGGGUAAAACAAAGUUGUCAAUAGGUUUUAAAACCUAAGCCAGACAUGAACACAGCAGCUUUUUAUCGGCGUGUUAUGUUGAUAUAGACGGCACAUUGACUUUCUAACCAAGUAUAAUUUUAAACUAAUAUAUGUAUUUUAUAUGGUACCGUAAGUGGCUUUCAAUUUGGUGCCAUGUUCUUAAUCAACAUUUUUAUCAACCUCAAAUUUUCAAUUACAUUUGUUAAACUGUGAUAAUUUUUUUGAGAAUUACUUAAUGAUAUGUUCAUAAUAUAUUCAUAUUAACACUUACUUCUCCUGCAUAGCUGUAUUUACCAGUAGAACGUGAAGAAUUGCUUUGUUAUGAUUUGCCAGGCAGUUUUACUUUUUCUUCCUUUUCUAGACCUCAGUAUGCGUUUUCGUGACGAGGAUGUAAGCUCUGGUUGGCGUUAACCAUUCGUUACAAAAAAAUUAUUAUUAUUAUUAUAAAUAUUACGAGUUCCAAAGUUCCUAUUAAAUACCUCGGCAAUGCGCAGCCAUAAAUGGGAAGGUGUUCACUAAUUGCCGUCUCAAAUAUUUUUAAUGCAAUCGCACCCUUCGGUAAGGCUAGCAUUAGAGUGACGCGCACAAAAUUUGGUCGAUCCUCAAGUUUAGAUCUUCAUUGAUCAAAGUCAUUUUAUUCUUUUGCUUUAGCACUGCUCAGUUUAUUAAAGAGACCAAAAAUAUAUUUCAUCUUCGCUCAAGCUUACUAUAAGUAGCACGAAAAGAGUGUCACAUCUAUGAUAAAUACACUUUUUCAUAGAUUCAUGAGGUCUCACUUAGGUAAUGAUGCAGGAGUGUUCUUAUACGAGCUGUACCUGUCGACACACUUCCUUAAUAGUUUACACUGGCUAGAACAGACUAGGAUACUAGAGCUGUAGAUAUUUUCUUUUUCUAGGUACUUUUUAUUUAGUGCGGACUUGGCCUGCUUACCAGUCUGCCGGUUUAUGACCAUAUUGUAGGCAUCAAUCUUUAUUGUCAAAGGUUUGCAACGAACCCAAUGGUGCUAAAAUCGUAGCUGUAAAUAUCGUAUAAUAUUAAUCUAAUUUGUAACUUUCUGUAAAUAUUGUACAUAAAAGCGAAAACGCCAAAGAAUCGUAACAACAAUUUUGUAGAUUCUAACUAUGGAUAUAAUUGGAGUUGAAAGGAAACUUCAGUGGACAGCUUUAUACGCAGCCAAACUGUCUGCAAGACAAUAACUAUUUUGUGUUCCAGUUUGUUUGUUUUUCGUGCAUCUACUUCUAAUUGAUAUAAUUUAGGUUGUGGUCACGUUGCCGGGGAGUAGAAUCGCCGUAUCGUAUCCUAAUAACUUUUUGAGAUACGCUUGUCGCGGAACCAUCUUGUGAUCAUACUUAAAAUAUAGAAGACUGUCCCUCUAACUAUAUUUUUUCCUGCUCACAAUGUUUAACACUACGUUUAAAAUAUGGAUAUCUUUUAUCAUUGUUUAAUUGCUUCCAGCUUUUUUCGAUAUUCCGUCCGAUCACGGACGCCUUCUUUCUGAAACUAAAGAGGUUUUCACAAUAAUAUCUUAGAAACGGCAUUCUAAGCCUCGAAAAGGCGACUCGGAAGACGUCAGCACCACUUGUUGACCUCCCCCGUUCCGCAGCAUUUCCUUCUAAUUCCUUUCGACCUUGUUCACUGCCCUCUCCUGUUACCUCCACUCCACCAGACCGCGGCCCAUGCACUGCACGCGGUGUGGGAAAGGCGCUCUUGACGGAAUGGCUGGUCUGGAAAUCCGUGUAAUCGAUUUACUUAGGAUGGUGAACGUUUGAAUUCGUCCUUUGGCUUGUGUUUGAGCGGAAAGACCUGGCCCGUGUGCGCGGCGAGGCGGUGCGGUCCGCGAUGCGGCCUGUGCCGCCUUUGCCCUUGGCGUGUCGGCGCGUUAGCGGCCGCCCUGUCGGCUCACUGAUUUUGGAGAGCGGUGCGAAGCCUCGAAACGAUUGUUUGUUUUGUUUUGCGUUGUUUUGUAUGAAAGUUGCGAUUUGUUUGUUGCCACCAGUCGUCUUCUGACUGCCGGGCCGAGGGCUCUGAGCCCCACGCCUCGUCUCGGCUCUCCGGAGACACGAAGCAGAGCCUGUCUGAGGUGCCUCUGGGGACCAACGCAAUCACACACGUGUGAAUUGCUCUCUGAAACCUGCUUUGGUGUGCAACUGGUUUGUACACGGCCAAUUGAGAUACUUUAAGAAGCAAAUAUAUUUUAUUUUUAUGAAAAGGAUGAUAACACUCAGGCACCCCAGCUGUGUAGUGGCAUGGACGGAUGGCGUCUGGUUGCUGUCGUACAUUGUAAGUUGGUGGGGAUUGUAAUAUAUUGUUUACUGGUUGUAAAUGACUUUGCAAAUUCUAAUCGGCGCUGUAACCCUAAAUGCCAAACUUUAUUUAUAAUGCGUAAGUUCUCGUCGUUUGGAAACGAAAACUUUCCAUUUUAUCAAAAUGAGUACGAGUAUUAGUCUUAAUUGCAGUGGUUGUUGAACUUUAUAGAGUCUAUUACUGCACAUUCUCAAUAGCGGAAAGAAAUGGAAAAGUAAACAACUCUUGCCUGUCUAGAGUUUCAUAGCAAUGGGAAAUAUGUUCUUGUCAAUAGACUUUCAAUUUGAAAAUUGUUGCCGUGUAAAUAACACAAAAAACUUGUAUAAAUUAUAAAUAAACAUAAGAAUGCUGUGUCUAUGUACAUUUAUGGGAAGAAGAAUUUGUUACAGGGAGUGGUUUUACUGUAUACAUAUAUAUAAGCGAUAAUGUCUUCAUAGCCUGUUCUCUAAUAAUUGUAAUAUGUAUUGUUCCCUGUACAUAGAAAAAUGUAACCAUUACUUGAGAAAUUAUGUCUGUUGAUUAUAAAAUUCCUCUACCAUUAUGAAGGGUGAUUGAAACUCGGGCAUAUAUUAACAAUAAUAUAUUUCUGUUUCAUUCGA